AUGAAGAGAGCUCCACGGAAUCUAAAGACUGAUAAUCUGGUGAACGACCGUCUCAUUGGCAUGGCCUAUGGACAGAUUGGGAUGUUCCAGGCUGUAGCUGGAUUCUUUACCUACUUUCUGAUCCUGGCCGAGAAUGGUUUUAAGCCUAUAAAUCUGCUGGGCAUCCACCUCAACUGGGAAAAUCAAUACUUCAAUGACCUGGAGGACAGUUAUGGACAGCAGUGGACCUUUGAGCAGUGGAAGGUGUUGGAGUUCACUUAUCACAUGGCCUUUUUUGCUAGCAUCGUGGUCGUGCAAUGGGCCAACCUCAUCAUCUGCAAGAACCACUGCAACUCAGUCUUCCAGCAGGGCAUGACAUUUGGGAUCCUGGAGGAGACAUUACGGGCUGCUUUUCUGUCCUACACUCCAGGCAGUGGGUACUCCCUGCGAAUGUACCCACUCAGUGAGAUAUUAUGGUGGCUCUGUGCUACUCCCUACAGCCUUCUUUAUCUAUGA